AUGGGAAUUUGUGAAUCACAUGCACAAGAUAAUGUAGAAAAAUAUUAGGAUAGUUAAUAAUCUGUAGCUAUUCAAUGCUAUAACAUCUCUCAAAAUAAUAGAAAUAAAGUACCAGUAUUAAAUCCAGCAACAUAAAAUUCCCUAUAUUUUAAAAGAUCAAUAAAGGGUCCAAAUAUAACUUUUGAAGAUGUCCCAUAAAUAUAUUAGUUAUGA